AAGGCUCAUUCAUAAUCGUUAUCGUAUUGUUUGAAAAAAAAGCAGAGAAAUUAGUGUGGAUUCCUUGUGUGGAUUCCAUUUUCAAGUGACAGCUGAGCCUCUCUCGCGCACGCUGCCUUUGCUUUCCACAUCCUCUUUCUGUCGUAUCUCAGCCUUUUUCCAGUUGCCACUGCCAUAUCAGAGCAGAAUUACAGGUGGAUGCACACCCAUUGUUUACGACUAAACUACCUCCCCCGCCUCGUCCGACGGACCUCUUUCAACCAUCUUUUCAAUUUCAAUCUCUUCCGAGAUGGUCACGUUGCAAUCGGCGCGACCGCUGAUUCGUAUGUAUGAAUACCGAUCUUUGGGGAGGUUGAAGCCGGCAAACGUUGCAGUGAACAUUGCGAUUGGACUGGAGCGGAGUUGUGGAGGUUGGGGGUUCUGUUGCGAUGCUGCUGCUACUAGUUUCUUACAACCAUUUAAAGCGGCGACGAGCAAUUGCUCUGCGAUUCACGGUAAAGGUUGCCAUGAGACCUCAACUGGUGGGAAGUCAACAAAUAUCGUAUGGCAUGAUUGUCCUAUUGGGAAGCCUCAAAGAGAAAAGUUGACUCAGCAGAAAGGUUGUGUAAUAUGGAUAACUGGUCUGAGUGGUUCAGGAAAAAGCACUUUGGCAUGUGCAUUAAGUCAAGGCUUACAUUCAAGAAGAAAACUGACCUACAUCCUUGAUGGUGACAAUAUUAGGCAUGGUCUAAACAGUGAUCUUAGUUUUGAACCCGAAGAUCGUACAGAAAACAUACGGAGAAUUGGUGAGGUAGCAAGCCUCUUUGCAGAUGCUGGGAUUAUUUGUAUUGCUAGUUUAAUAUCUCCUUUUCGGAAGGAUAGAGAUGCCUGUCGUGCCUUACUGGCAGAAGGUGAUUUUAUUGAGGGCAUUAGAGUUCUGGACGUGGAUGGAGGGCAAUAUCUUCAUUGUUGGCAUUAUGCUUCUGUCAUUCUUUUACAGGUUUUCCUUGAUGUACCACUAAAUGUAUGUGAAGCCCGGGAUCCAAAGGGUCUGUAUAAACUGUCUAGAGCAGGGAAGAUACAAGGAUUCACAGGGAUAGAUGAUCCAUAUGAAGAACCAUUAAAUUCCGAGAUUGUAUUGCAAUACAAAGAAGGGAUCUGCUCGUCCCCUAAAGACAUGGCGGAAAGAGUGAUUUCAUAUCUAGAAGAGAGAGGAUACCUGCAAGCCUAACAUGAGGAAAUGUGGGACUUCCUUGUUAUCAAUUUGAAACAUACAGAAACUCGGUUUAGUCUAAUGCAAGAGGAGAUGGAAUUACUCCCCUUAUUUCUCACUGCUAGGAAACAUCUCGUUUCCUUCAGUCUCUGCUUCCCAAUUCUUGGGUCAUUUAGCAUUCUUCGUACAAAUAAGGUUAGAAGCAUGAGAAAGAGGAUAUGCGUGUGCUUAUUAUUUUGUAAGUACUUUGUAACUUUUAAUUUUUUUUUGUCAAGUUCACACUAAUCUUAUUUAAAUUCAUCUCAAGUUUAUUAUGUAUUUCGGUCCAA